AUGGCUGCAGUUUCAGAUGUGAAAACAUUGCCAGGAGAUGUCUCCCAAGUUCUUGUAGAGGCAGAUCGCAUUGGAGGUUUUGAGAAAAGUGGCGAGAAAUCCGGGACCGACGAGGAGAAUACCAAGUCAGAUGGAGAAGGCAGCGUCAUCGAUGCAGAUGCCGUUGAGGAUCGCGGUCAGUAUACCGAUGAACAGUAUAAGCAUCUCAAGAGAAAGAUCGAUCGAUAUCUCCUCCCCCUAAUGUGGCUCUGCUAUGGCAUCCAGCAAACCGAUAAAACUUCCCUUGGCAUCCAAGCUACUUUUGGGCUACGAGAAGACACCGGCCUCGUGGGACAGCAAUACUCAUGGCUGACGACGAUCUUUUACAUUUUGUAUAUGUGCUUCGAAUUCCCCUCCAACAUUUUGCUCCAGCGAUACAAGAUGGGUCGGACUCUCUCGCUGUAUAUGAUUUGCUGGGGUGUCAUUGUUUUGGGUGUUGGUUUCGCCCAAAACUUCACUCACCUUAUCAUUUUACGAGCUCUCCAGGGAAUGUUCGAGUGCUGCAUCAGUCCGGGGUUUAUACUGGUUAUCGGAAGCUGGUACACAACGCGGGAGCACUCGUCGCGGUCUCUGGUGUUCCAGAGCGCGAACGCUGGCUUCGGCGUUAUUUCCAGCCUGAUUCUUUACGGAAUCGGCUCUGUCCAGUACCAUCGACCGGAUUUCCAAGCCUGGAGAUACAUGUCGUAUUUCCUCGGUUCCCUGACCAUCAUUGUCGGCUGCUUGUGUCUCUUUCUUCUUGGAACACCUUCCGAAGUCCGCUGGCUCUCGGAAUCCGAGAAGGCAAUGGCAAACACCCGGAUCCUAUCCAACAAUACAGGCCACGACCGCACCGGCAUCAAAAGAUGGAAGUGGGAGCAGGCACGUGAGUGCCUCAUGGACCCGUGCUUCUGGUUUGCAGGGUGCAACGCCUUCCUCAGUUCUGUGCCAAACGGAGGCCUGACCACGUUCGGUCACAUCAUCAACACAUCCUUUGGGUUUACCAACCUGCAGGCCAUCCUGCUCGACAUCCCCAGGAGCACAUUCUCGGUCCUGUACUUUGUUUUUAUCGGCCUCGUCACCAGCAAGUACAAGAACUUACGAAUGUACUUCAUGAUGUUUUCGACCAUUCCGCCCUUUGCGGGAUUCCUACUCAUGGCUCUUCUCCCCAACGAACCCGAGUAUAAGUGGACAAAGUGGGGCGGCUACUUCAUGACCGUGCCAUUUGUCAUCUCGCUCUUCCUUGCCUGGACUCUGAUCCCGUCCAAUACUGCUGGCAGGACGAAAAGGACCCUGACGAGCUCUUUUACGUUCGUGGGAUAUUGUGUGGGAAAUAUGACAGGAUCGCAAAUCUUCAAAUCCACCGAUGCGCCUCGGUACGUGCCGGGCACAAUUGGUUGUGCAAUUUGCUUCGGGCUGGAGUUCUUACUCAUCGUGCUGUGGAGACUUGUCUAUGUCUUCAGAAACAGGCGCAGGGCGAGGCAGCUACGCGAACAGGGGAUCUCGGAGGAGGACAGAGGCAGGUUGGGGAAGGACUUUGGAGAGAAGGACAGUACUGAUUUCCAGAACCCCUACUUCCAAUACACAAUGUGA